GAUAAAGUUAAAUGUAAUCAAAAGAAUUAAUCAUAUAUUUUUUUUGUAACUGAAAAAUUGCAACUGUGAUUAUUUGGGCGUGUUUAUACAUAUAUAUGUUAAAAUAUUAGAAAAAACUUGAUCGGAUGAUUUAUCCCUUAGUAGUAAUACGCAACGCUAACAUUAGGAGGUUAGGACGAUUCGUAGUUUUAAUGAUCAGAAAAUCUAAUAAUCUAAUAGUUUAACGAACGUCAGAAAAAUUGUAAUUUUAAAAUAAAAGUAUAAAAUGAGACAAACGAUUUUAAAAUUAUACAAAGAUUUAUUGCGCUAUGGUGAUAAUUUGAAGUAUACAGACAAAGAAUAUUUUCGAUACAGAAUUCGUAAAAAUUUUAAACAAAAUAAGCAUUUAAUUGAUCAAAUAGAGAUUGACUUUCAAUUGCAAAAAGGACAAAAACUUCUACAAAAUCAGCGAGUAUUGUAAAUCUAUAGUUCGUUAUAGUGAAAUUGAACAAAUAUAAU